AUGGACGAUAAAAAGACCCCCACCGUAUUCGACCAGCAAAGCACGACCGAAGAUCCAAAGACAACGACCACUGUGACUGAAUAUGCAACUCCUCCUCCAGGCUGCACAGUCUGUGGGGUCCAUCUCCCCGCAUACCGCUCCCCCAUCGUGCAAACCCUCCUAGUCUCCUUCGUCCAACUCCUCGUCGUCGGAAUCUUCAACGUCCUCUCAGCACUGGGCGGAGGCGGCCAAGUGAAUCCAAAAACCAGCAACAACGCCAACACAAUCUUGUAUUCACUUUUCGCAGCGUUCAGUUUAGUCGCCGGCUCCGUAACGAACUAUCUCGGUCCCAAAUGGACUUUGGCGACAGGUGGCGUAGGCUAUUCCCUCCUCGCCGCAUCAUUCUGGUGCUACAACCAUACGAAGAACCGAGGCUUCGUGUAUCUAGGUGGAGCGACGUGUGGGAUUUCCGCGGCGUUCUUGUGGACUGCGGCCGGGUCUUUGGUGAUGAGUUUACCGCUUGAAAAAGACAAAGGGCGAUAUAUCUCGAUUUUUUACGGGUUGCAAUUCGUGGGCUCGGUGGUGGGUGCGAUUAUUCCGACGGUGGAGAAUUGGUCCGUGACGACGGCGGGGACGGUGAAUGAUGGGACGUAUAUUGCGCUUUUUAUUCUCAUGUUUAGUGGCAGUAUUGUUGCGUUGUUUGUUGUGAGUCCUCAGACGGUUAUUCGGAAUGAUGGGUCGAGGGUACAGGUUCCGCGUGAGACGACGUUUGUGCAGGAAUUGAAGAAUGUAAGUGAGAUGAUUCCUCCCGUGCAGAAAGAGCCUCUCAUCUUCCUCUUCUUCCCAUUCAGCUUCGCGGGCCUGUGGUACAUACCCUACCAAUCCAACGACUUCAACGGCUACUUCUUCGACCUCCGCACCCGCGGCUUCGCCAGUCUCUGGUACAAUUUCGGCCAACUAUGCAUGUCCCUCCUAAUGGGACAAACUCUGGAUCUCAAAUACUUUGGCCGCAGAACACGAGCCUUCCUCAACUGGACGUUUCUCUUCGUUUUCCUGAACGCUGUCCUGAUUGGAGGCAUCUGGCCCGUUCGAGCAUCGCACCGAGGCGUGCCACCCGCGAAGCUCUUGAGCGUUGGACAAGCCAAAGCGGGAGGCUACAUCGCGCUGUUGACAUUUUACGGAUGUAUCGAUGGCGCGUGGCAGACUUUUGCGUGGUGGAUUAUGGGCGCUUUGUCGAAUGAUCCUGUCGUUCUCUCAAUCUACUCCUCGUUUUAUAAGGUGUUUGGAGCGACGGGCUGUGCGAUCGUUUUCAGCAUGGAUAACCAUAAUACAUCGUAUAACGCAAUGUUUGGUUCCUAUUGGGGCUUGUUAUCUGGAUCAAUGCUUUUGGUGCUGUAUCUGAUUCACAAGAGGAUUGGAGAUACAACCGAGGAGCACCAUGUCGCGCUUCAGGCCAUUCCGAACAAAGUGGCCGACUGA